GUCCAACCAACCCUCCUCGUCGUUGGCCAUUUUGCUCCACGUUGCUCUGCAGCCCGCGUCUGCGCAGUGGAGUGGCAGUUGUCUAGAACAUGCAUCGAAAACUCGGCCAAUGCUUUUCUCCUUUUUCCCCUUAUUUUUGGUGGUUGGCUGUCGCUCUGGCUACCAGCAGUCCAUACAAGAGAGCAAGGGCAAGACCACCGCGAAAGAGACGCGUUCAGAACGCGUCCAGACGGCAUAGUACGCGCCGCCCACAACAGGAACCCUGCAUGCACACAAACACUCCACUUGUCGGAGCCUCCUGCACCUGCACGCUGUCCUGCACGCCCGCUCCACAACGGCUCCCGCUCCUCGCAGCCCUCCUGACCCUCCUCAUGGCCCUCGUUGCGGUCUCGUUGGCAUUUCUCCAAUUCCCCACGUUCUGCUGCUGUUGUGUGUUGCCCUGUCCCACGGCGAGAAACAAGCAAGCAGUCGGCAGCGCGUCCAUGUAUUGCCAGCAACCAGAUGAUGCAGCUGCUGCAUCUGUCCCACCUCGCAGAAUCAUCAAUACUGGAGUCUCUGCUGUCACCCCCCACUUGCUGCUCUCUGAUUGCCCCAGGCCUGGUCAAUUCGAAAAUGGCCGUAUCGCCUUCAGCGCCAACGCGCAGCCUGUAUGGAGUCCGACGAUUAACUAACCCUACGCACGAGGGCCGUUGGGACAAUCCCCACGCUUGCCCCAAAUCUGUCACGCCACGCUGCACACGUGCUCCCUGGACGCACCCGCAAUGCACCUCUCGUCACACUCCAAUAUUCUCCAUUUUCGUCCCCCAUCGCCCCUCACUGGGCAGCCUCCCACAGCCGUCGAGCUGAUUGGGCCUCGUCUGCAUUUUCACCAACAAUUCCACACCUGUCAACGUCUCCAACCUUUCAGGUGCUCCCAUCUGCUGAUGUCUGA